ACUUCUUUUUACCUGGUAGCUCGUUGAGCAAUUUUUAGUAACGAAAUGGACACCCCUGUGAUUCUACCAGUCGAAGCCGAGGGUUUUGUCCAAAGUCUGGAAACUUUCUCUCUCAAGGAAGUGGGCUCUAUGAGGUGGUUCAAACAGCACGAAUACAUUGAGAAACUUAACAUGCAGGCCAUUCUGAAUGCUUCUGCCAUGCAUGAUGAGUUUGUCAAAGAGCUCCUGGUGUCAUAUGAAAAGAUACCUGUUCUGGUCCAUGAAAUGAUCCUCACUGAAGUGUGGAAGCAAAAAGUGUUCCCCAUCUUAUGUCAGCUGCAGGACUUCAACCCCAAGAACACCUUUCAUCUUUACAUGGUGAUUCACCAUGAAGCCACGAUCAUAAACCUACUUGAAACGAUAAUGUUUCAUAGGGAUUCAUGUGAGGCAGCAGGUGACUCUGUUCUUGACUUGGUGGAUUACUGCCACCGCAAACUCACCCUGCUGGUCAGUAAAGUAACUAGGAAGAGCACCACAGUACAUGAUCAAGACAGCCUAACAGGGAACGCAAGUGUGUCCUCUAUAGAGGAACUGCAGAUUCAGAGUGCUGCACUGGAGUUUGAGAUCUCUCUGAAGGCUGUAUCUGUGCUGCGCUACAUUACAGAUCACACCAACAGUAUCAGUAUUAUCAGUCGCAUGUUGUGCACCCACAACAUGCCUUGCGUACUGGUUCAGCUGAUUGACUGCUGCCCUUGGAGUCGCUGCAAAGAAGGUAAUGUAGAAAAGUACAUCAACAGCAAAUGGCAGAAGAUUCCUUUGGAAGACCAUUUAAAGAUGACAAAACUAGAUGGCCAGGUCUGGAUUUCCCUUUACAAUCUGCUGCUGAAGGAAGAUUGCCAAAGGAAGUAUGACUUCAACAGCUUUAACAAGGAUCGGCUUCUAAAACUCCGGGGUUUCUUAACAGAGGUGUUGGUUGAUCAGCUGCCAAACCUGGUGGAACUUCAGCGUUUCCUAGCUCAUCUCGCUGUUACAGACCCGCCCCCCCCCAAAAAAGAGCUAAUUUUGGAACAGAUCCCAGAAAUAUGGAGCUGUAUUGUGAGUGAGAAUUCUGGAAAGUGGAAGGCAAUAGCAAAGUAUCAAGUCAAAGAAACAUUCAACCCAUCUGAAGAUGACCUGAGGCUACAGGCACAGAGGUUGGCUCAGACGUACAACUUGGAUGUGAUGGAGAAUUUACUCCCCGAGAAGCCAAAGUGUGGAAACUGCGGGAAGGAGGCUGCAAAGAAAUGCUCUCAAUGUCAGGGAGAAUGGUACUGUCACAGAGAGUGCCAAGUGAAGCACUGGCCUAAACACAAGACAGCCUGUCAGCUCAUGACCGAAGCCACAGAGAAGAUCCAGAGAGACCUGGACAUCAGCAGCUAAGAGAAACACUGCAAGAAGCCUUUGUGUGGACUUGGGGGCUAGAUGCAGAUUGGGACAUUCAGAGCCUCAAGAAGAGAAGGGAACAGAAUUGCAUGUGGACAAGGCAGAUUUGGAUUACUAUACAUUUUAAAUAAGGAAUCGUCUUUCUAUUCAUGCUGGAAACAUGUAGGCCCAGGUGCGGAGUUUAGUGGUUCCUAUUUUUUUUAUUACUGUAAUGCUUGUUCUCAUGAUAACUUUUUGGGCUUUCAGGAGGCUUUAUUAACUUUCUUCCCCAUUAAAG